UCGGAAAAAAAUACUUUCGACAAGUUAGAAGAACAAAAAGAAAAUAAUUUGAACUUUUUGAAACGGAAGAUUUUUUCGGAAUUUGAGAUCCUUCUAGUAUUUGAAAACUUUUUUCAAAAACCAAUUUUCUAAAGCUAAAAUGCGCAUAUUCGCGAUCAACAUCAGAUUCUGCAUCGAAUGAUGUAUAAUACAUUAGAAAAAAAAUCUCACUCUAAUUUUGAAUUACGUGUACCUUACUUACAUAAGACUUUUCACCCAUCAGUUUCUAAAAGCAUCAGUCUGGUAGCCUUUUUUCCGGCUGAUAGUAACCGAAAUAAACUCUGAACUAAUUGUCAGCAUUAGACUUAAAGUCUACUGUCAAUGUAGAAUGAUAUCUGAAUCCAUAUAAUUGAUCAUUGCAAUCCUGAAGUAUUCCAAAAAAAGUGGAUUUACUUUUUAAAUAGGAAUAAGACUUUAUCUUAUCCCUAUUAUUAGCGUACACUUCCAGCUUUUUCAACCAGUUUUAUAUUUUUCUGCAUAAGCCGAUACCGGAGAAUAUUUUUCCUGAUACGUACGGGCAAAACACAGAGUUUAUUCGCAACUGGUUUAACAACAAGUCCUUUGUUUCAGCAUUAAUGCGUGCAGCUGAGAUAUUUAUUUUUAAUUCUAAUACUGAAUAUUCAAGUUGCAAUUCGGCCGACUGUUCAGAAUCAAAUAGUUUGAAUUGAUUUAAAAUUGUUGUGUCAUUAACACUAGUGUUAGUAAAUCACAAUUGUUGUCUUCAACGUGUUUCGCCAGUACAUCAUAGUCAUUCUCAUCACAAUGACAAUAACGUUGCUGUGGCUUAGUUACAGGUUUCUGUAAGACAAAACAAAACAAAAAGAAUAAUGAUAAUGAGAGAUAUUAAAAAUACUUUGUACAAUUUGUUAUUCGACCUGUUAAGGAACAAAAAUAAUGAAAAAAAUGACGAAGUUCAUUAUUGAACAGUCUGUUCGUCAUUCACAUGGAAUGAAAUGUUUUUCUUCCCUUUUGGCAUUACAAGCUGGUACAAGCAGAGCGACGCACAAGCGGGUUUGUGGACUUAUGAGCUGAGAUGAAUGAUUUGAUUUUAAAUGUCUUUGAUAAUUUGAUGUUGCCUAGAUUUAUUAAAUUUAUCGGGUUUUGUGGAUUAUAUUUUCAAGAAUCUCAUUAUGCCUCGCAAGAGGUUAAAACCACCGCCAGAGUUUUUUAAAAGUCCAACACCUACAAGUCAAUCAUCAGCAGAAGAAGAAGAGCAAGAAAGUCGUACAAAUCCUAGACAAAACUUUGUUUGUCAUUUGUGCAACACUAAUGCAUCAGUUCUGGGCUUCAAAUGUAAAGCAUGUGUAGAAUAUUUCCAUUUAAAAUGUGUUCAUGUCAACGAUCACGACGAAACAAAUUUAACUAUUAAUGCUGCCUUGUUGAAACAAGAACUAUAUUGUAAUAGUUGUAAGCCGAAUUAUACUAAUAAGUUAUUAGUCUCCAGUGUUGAAUAUAGUCAGACAAGUAGUCCAGCUAAUGAACAAUGGAAGAUGAUUAAAAAUUUUAUGACUAAUAUUGAGAAAAGGCUGAAUGACUUAGAAAAGAAUCCGUCUCUAGCACCAGUACUCUCAGUACGACCAGCAGCGAUAAUCUCUCCUUCAAUGCCACCAACCUAUGCUCAACAAGUAAUAACCAAUACGCGGCUGAAUCGUUCGAAUCAUCAGGAUUCAAACUAG